AUGAUGAUAUCACCGGACUCGAGCUGGAACUCGUACUGGUCAGCGUCGCGGGGCUCGUUCAUGAGGUACUUGGACCCGCGUUUCUUGGCCAGGUCCAGAAACUCCUGCGGAAUCACAGAAAGCUGGUACGGAGCGUUAAAUGAGUACGUUUGCUCCUCAGAUUGGUGCACACACUUGAACUUGGACUUUUCCUUUCUGAAGACACCGAACCACGAGUCGCCGAGGUUCACUGCGUGCAGCUUGUUGGUGUUGGAGUCGAUCACCCCAAAACAGAUCGUCGUGGACCCCACCUCGACAGACCCGUCCUGCUUCAUCUUUGUAAAUGCUUGUUCCAGUAUCUCAAGAGGGGUAAGAUCGGGUUCGCCUAAGAACUCGGUGGUGACGUGGUUCGACAGCUCGCGGCUGAUUGCGCUGGAAUCAAACCCUUGCUCAGACCACCCGCCCACGCCGUCUAGCACUCCAGCAAGCACCCGCGAGUCGUUGUAG